AUGUCUUUCCUUCAUGGUGUUCUUGAGAGUGUGAAGGAUGAUGAUAACGUUACAACUUAUGAUAAAGAUGGUGAUAAAAUUACUUCAGUUAUUUCCUUUCUUAACACUAAUGUAGGUAAAGGCCGUGAGGCCUUCGAGGAGGCCGUGGCUCAGGUAAGUGAGUGGUUGAAAAAACAUGGUGAGCAGGUGGACACAUUAACUUCUGGAGUGACUACGGAAUUAGGUGGACAAUAUUAUGAAGAGGUCAAGGGUCGACAAGGCUUGAAGCUUCAAGAUCAGAUGGACGGGUGGAGAGCGACGCUCGGUUACAUUGCGGGAGACCUUCACAACAUAACACAUAAUAAUAUUAGUGAAUUAGACGACACAUUAGCAUCACAGAUAGCGCACAAAAUAGAGCCGAUUCAGAAAUCGGUGGAGGUGCUGCUAGAGGCGGCCAAUGAUGCGACCUUCGGGGAGCAAGUUAACAUGGUUGAUGAGACGUUGAUCAAUCAGAGGCAGAAGCUUGAGAAAGAGAUUGGAGAGAAAACCGUAACACUGCAAAAAACUGUAGAUGUGGAAUGGCGGAAGGUUUUAGAUAGUGUGGGCGCUUUGAGGAAUGCUCAUCAAAUACAUUUGCAGAGUAUUCAUGUGUCCCUCAAGGAGGGGAAGGAGUUGCUCACUGCAUUCGAUAACACUUAUAAGUUGCCUAUUCUGAAGCAUUUUGACAAUAUAAGACUUCUUGUUGAGAAUUCUCACACUGCAUUAACAGCAAAUAAGAUGGCACUUGACAGGUUGGUCAGUGGUGCGGAACUGUAUUUUUGGUAUAUUAAAACACUCCUAGGUGACAAAUCUGGAGAAGGCGUCCUAGGUAAGUAUUGGAAUGGUUUAGUGGAGCAGAUCACACAGCUUGUUACCCAGGCGAAUGGUGAAGGAUCUUCACACAAUGGCCUAAAGCAGAUUAAGAGUGGAGUAACUAAGUAUGUUAAGACGUUUGAGGAAUUUGAGAAGACUAUUAGGGACUGGGUGGAAGACAUUGUUGCCAACAACAGUGAUGGAGCAACUGAAUUUGUUACUUGGUACGUUAAUGGAAUCCAGGAUAAGCUUAAGGAUGAACAUAAGAGCAGCGUAGAAACCGUCGCUAAAGUGACUGAAGAAGUAAAGCAGCAGAUUACGGUUGCAAUGAAUAAUAUUGCCACGAAGGCCAAAGAGCAGAUUAAAACUGAUUCCACAGUCGAUGAAAAUUUGAAAUCACUCAACGCGUUCCUUGAAAAUUUUAACGGAGGAGCUCUAAAGACUGAAGUUGAAGGAAUAGUCACACUCAUUGAGAAACAAUUGAAAUCCGGUGCAAUACUAGAAACCGAACCUACUAAUAAUAGCGAUAUCGCUUCUGCGGUGAGAACUGUGCUAAACACCAUUUCCACAGCUACUGGUAAACUAGGUAAGGAAAUCGACGCAUUCGCCAAAGCCUCCAAUAUCGCCAAUCUGACGGAGGCUAUUAAGAAUGUUGAAAAGAUCGGCGAAGAGUUUAAGGUCGACCUUACUGGAAAAGGUUACGGUAGACAUAUUCAAAAAACAUUGGAGGAUACGAUGAAAAAAAUUAAGGAGCUAGAUCCAAUACUAAAGCAGGGUGAGGGUAUUCUUAAAUCGAAGGUCAAUGAGUUGGAUGCCGUUCUUUCAAGUAUUAAUGAUAUGAAAAAGAAUAACACAGGAAGUAUUGACACUAAUAAAAAGGAAACGGAUGAUAAAAUGAAGGAGUUGUUAAAUGACCUUGAUAACAAAUUUAAUUUCAUUUAUGAGCUCGUCAGAAACGCAGACCAAGAAUUGAAAACAUGCAUUAGAUCAGUUAGCGAUGCAUUAGCUACAGCGUAUAAGGAAAUUGAGAAGGGAGUGUCUGACCUUGGGAAUGAACUCACGGAUGAAGUCAAAAAGGCCUUUAAAAAAGUAACUGAAGAGAUUCAAAAAAUGUUUUCAGAGCAACACAAGGCGCACUUAACGGCUUUACACAAGUUAGUCACCGACCAAAAUGUUGCGAUUACCGAAAUUAUUAAUACAGACAGAGCGGCGGGAAUCAAGGGUCUCAUGAAGGAAAUCUACGGCGGGGCGCUUCCAAUUCCACCGAGUAGUGUCACCCCUCAUCCGAAUAGACUUGAUGAGAUGGCAAACAUUGCAAAGAAGACAGUUACCCGAAGUUCACAAUACUCCAAAAAUUUCACAGAUUUCUCCGACACCCUCCAAUGGUAUUUAGAUGCGAUGUUGUGGUAUAUCCAAGACCAGCUGAAAACUCCGGUUCCAAAUAAACCCUCUGAGAAGAGGGGGACCGUCGAGUCCGGAAAAGUUGAGAAGCUUCAACACCGUGUUGAUGCCUUGCUUAAUUUGCUCAAGCAAACAUCGCACUUCAACCAUGAAUUCCAAGAGAAACUUGAUAACCUUACUGACACGCUUAGCGAUUUCCAUCCUAAGCAGUUCACUAACAAACGCAAUCCCGAACUGUUGGACACACUUAAGGAGGGAAUGUUGCGCCUGGCUGAACAACUCAAAAAAGCGUACGUCAACGUUUAUGAGGGUUCGGCGCCGAUAACAAAAUGGACUGAAACUCUUCCUGCUGACCAACCAAGCCAAUCAGCUCCUGCCGCCCCCAAAACAAAGUUAACGACUGACGGUGAACAUGGCGCAAAAGUCUGUUUGACAUCUUUUGCAAUUCUGUACCAUGGCUUAAAAACGUUGAGACAGAAAUGUGACACCGAGAGGGAUUGGAGUAAUUUAAAGGUCCACAUGAAAAGUGAAUUGGGCCAUUUCCUCCAGCAAUGCGGUUACACGGUCUCCGGGAAAGAGAACCAAAAUGGCCACUUACGAAACCACAACGAUGUAAAGGGCAAUAAAAUUUACGAUCUUCUUACCGGACGCGACAAAGUGUACAAUGAAAUUCACAAAGGUUCUAUUGUAUACCUGCACCGUUACGUGGGAAAUUAUUACGCAACUUGCCACCUCAAUAUUCCAGCACGUGUUAGAUACCCUUGUAACGUCAACGAAAUGUUGCAGUGGUGCGCCGGUUUACCGCAUAAUGCUAUGUUUGGCAAAGUAAAACAGCACGUGAAAACAUUGUUCACGAAACCUGAGAAGCGUAAAGAUGAGGACUAUGCCAAAAUAGAUGGUUCCGAACUGACGCUUCCAGCAAACAAAAAUGUAUCAGCCCGCAUAAUCACCGACGCACUCACAGAUGUUUGUACCCUGUCACAUUCCGUCCUUACAUCCAUCCUUGGUCAAGGUCAUGCCGACGGCAUCUAUGCGUGUGACUUCCUAACAAACCCAGAUGAUUUAUUUUAUCCAAGUGAUACAGAUCAAUGUUUAGAUAUGCUCGUAGAAAUAUGUCUUAGACUGAAUGAACAAAUCCUUUUCCUAUUUAAGCAGUGCCAAAAUGGCCCGGGCAGUAGUGGCUGGCGUGAUUGUUGGUACGGCAAGGGAAUUGCCGGGUCAGCGUGGAGCUGCAACACAAUGCAAUGUCCUAAGCAAGACUGUGACCAGAAGCACAACCAAACGUGUGACCAAAAGGCCAAUCAAAACGCUGACCAACACUACAAAUGCGGCAUAAAAUCGCCGCUGCAAUCAUUCCUUGAAGACGGACUGCAGGGCUUUUUGCCUCUCACAUUAACCAAGCCAGGGUGCAAGUCUACGUGUACUGUGUCUAAUCACAGAGGAAUUCCAUGCAAAACUCCGAUGGGUUUCGGUGACAUCGGCGCAACAUCAUCGCAUACAAAAACAGGUGCGCAUCUCCGAGAUGUUCUGAGAGAAUUCUGUGGUGAUUCAGAGAGUCCUCUGACUAAACUGUGCAGUCUCUUAACAUGUCUAUCGCAACGCACGCCACAAACAUUAGAUGAUCUGUUUGCGUUUUAUUUCUGUUAUUUGUACGGUUGGAAUGAUAAGGACACGAUGCGUAAGAAGCAUCAGAAAGAUGCAUUCGACGAGUCGGUAAAAAGGGCUUAUUUCAAUAAGCAGUAUGAUGAUCUCGACGUUACUCCGAUGUUCAAGACUAGUAGUCAUACUCCAAAGUCCGCCGGCCAGAAAAGCACACAUCUCAAAGGUGACCUGUUUAGUGUCCACCGGUGUGACUAUGACGGAAACUCUGAAAUUGCCUGUGGUAGAUACCUACAGCCUAUGGGCAUGAAUAUAUGGAAUACGUUCUCGAACAAAAAUGCCGACAAAUACCUUUCGUGGAUUGUGUACUUGACAGAAACGUUCUAUGAUCUACUCAAGAAAUUAUACGAUGAAUGUUGCAACAAUUGCGAUAAACCAGGGACAAGAUGUCAUGAUAAAAUCUGUCCCAAAACGUGUCCAGUGAAAUACACCGAUUCGACAGCAGACAUAAAAACGCUCGAAGGUAAACAUCACACCAAAGACUGCAAAUCAAUUGCAAAUUGCCCACUCACUAGGCCAACGUUAUGCAAAUACGGUUUCGUAUUGCAGAGUCCACACAACCUAAGUGGAAAUGACGACGUCAAUAUGAGACGUACGUGCAAAGAUUUCUGCCAAACACUAGAAAGGGCCUUGGACAAAACAGAAGCAAAAGCACAUGCACUUGCCAAGUUGGUACACGAAACUAUUCCCAACUUCCUAUGGAAAAUCAGAGAACCAUUUUAUUUCCUCUUAUUAUCCCUCUGGUCGCUGUCGCUCCUGUACCUGCUGCACAUCGCCGUCGUCCGCCUCGACGUCCUGAGGAUACGCUCCCACCUGAGAUCACCCUCAAGCCACCGCAUCGCCGCGCAGUCCCUCCUCGCCGCCGCACGCGUCAGGGCACUCGCCAACGUCAAGUACUUCUCACCAUAA